UGAUGGAAAAAGAAGAUAAAUUGAGUGAGGCAUCUACCUAUCCAUCUUCAAUGGCGGAUAUUUCGAGAUCGCUCGGGUCCAGAUGGGUCGUAUUCUUCUCCAAUCUCUUCUUACUCGUAACCCAUUUCUUUCUUUCUCAUCCCUUCUUCUCUGAGCUUACAAUGUUCUCUUCUUUCAUCCUAACCUCUUCUCUCUAACCUCUUCUCUUCCCCCCCCCCCCCCCCCCCCUUCUAUCUCCCAUUCCCCUUUCUAUUUCUCGCUUCUGCCUUCUUUCCUCUUCUUCCCAACCCUCCCCAUGACUGUGGCUGUCGCUAUGGCUUCUUGGACCUCUGGCCUUCACUCCACUUCCACCUCUUGGACUCUCAAAUCUUCUGAACCCCGUUUUGUUAAUGGGGUUUUCACCAAAACCUCCAUUGCUUUUCACACCAAAUGCUUCUGCCUCCACCAAGCGGGAAGAUGGUCUUCUUCCAACAUGAAGAGCAUUCCACGAGCAUCAUCAGCUACAGCUGUUGAGGAUGGAAGUAAUGGUGAUACUGAUACAAUUCCAACGCCCAUAGUUAUAAUAGACCAGGACUCUGAUCAAGAUGCAACUGUGGUGGAGAUAACCUUUGGUGAUAGGCUUGGAGCUCUUCUGGACACGAUGAAUGCUCUGAAAAACCUGGGGCUGAAUGUUGUCAAGGCGAAUGUCUUUUUGGAUUCUUCUGGAAAACACAACAGAUUUUCCAUCACAAAAGCAGAUACUGGAAGAAAAGUAGAUGAUCCAGAGUUGCUCGAGGCCAUUCGUUUGACAAUUAUAAAUAAUUUGAUUCAGUAUCAUCCGGAAUCAAGUGCUCAGUUAGCAAUGGGAGCAGCCUUUGGAGUCAUGCCACCGCAACAACAGGUUGAUGUGGACAUUGCCACACACAUCAACAUACAAGAUGAUGGUCCUGAUCGAAGCUUACUGUAUGUAGAGACAGCUGAUCGACCAGGAUUAUUGGUGGAUCUUGUGAAGAGUAUUACCGACAUAAAUGUUGCAGUUGAAUCUGGAGAAUUUGACACCGAGGGAUUGUUGGCUAAGGCCAAGUUUCAUGUCAGCUAUAGGGGCAAAGCCCUCAUCAAGCCUCUUCAGCAGGUUAUUUCAAAUAGUUUACGAUAUUUCUUGAGGCGACCUACAACAGAGGAGGCGAGUUUUUGAGCCAAGAGAGGUAAACCAAAACCAGGAUAAUUAAACUACAAGAAAUAUUGUCCAUUCGUGGUGUACCAUUUACACCCUGUUGUUGUUGUACCAUAUCUUACCAUAAUGCUCAUUCAUACUAGAUUUGAACCUCAACAUUAACAUUGUGAAUUCACAAGAAUAUUACGUUUGAGUUUGUUGUUCAA